UUCUUAUCAAAAUAAUGAAAUAUUUACUAAGAAAUUAGCAGAUGAUCAUUCCAGAUUUCCAAAAUGACUUUUUUCUAUUAUAUUUUUAUACCUUAUAUCUUAUAUCUUGUCGUCCUCCUACCGUGAUAGACCUUCCGUUAUUCAACGGGUUCUACUACUCCGUGCACACACCUUACUUUUCCCCUCUAUAGCAUCUUUAUCCCCACCUUUUUUCGUUCUCCCUCUCAGUGGCGAGUGCCCCUAGAUUCUGGUAACGCUUCUCACAACUGAGACAACAGAACAGUUUUCGUAUGGCGCACCUUCUUGCCAAUGAAUCGGAUAUUAAAUAAUACGAAUAGCGAACUUGUGCGUUACACAAUUCAUAUAUUUAUUUAUUAGAUUGCUGUUUCAAUGAUUCUGUGUGCGCGUAAACAGCUGUGUUAAUCAAAGGUGCCUUUAUGUGAAAGUGUCGACAGAUUUCAAUUAAACGAUAUAAUCAAGUCAAUCAGAAUUCAUAACAUAGUUUUGAGAAUCUAUCUUCAACGAUGAUGCUGAAGGAGGCAUGCGACGGCAGCCACAAAGGAAAUUGUUGUCCAACAAUAAGAUCAUCGAGGAUCGAGUUCGAGAGACGAAAGAUAAGAAAAGAUCGUCGAAUCGUCCCAAGUGUAUCGACCGAUUAAACUGAUAAUUUCUUUCUUAUUGUGAAUUCUCUGUGCCUCGAGAGAAUUUCGUAUGCAAUAACAUAAAUUUGCAUCAUGGGGAAUGGCAUGAACAAGGUAAGAAGCUUUGGCAUGAACAAGGUUCUUCCCGGUCUUUAUAUUGGGAAUUAUCAUGAUAGUAAAGAUGCAGACCAAUUGGAACGAUUCGAAAUAACACAUAUUUUGGCGAUUCAUGACACGGCUCGCCGAUUACAUUCUGACAAACAUUAUUUAUGCAUAUUGGCGGCGGAUAGUCCUGAUCAGAAUCUAUCUCAAUAUUUCUCCUUGUGUAACGAUUUUAUCCACGCUGCCCGCCUACGUGGUGGAAAUGUUCUAAUACAUUGCUUAGCUGGUAUGUCAAGAAGUGUCACAGUAGCAGUGGCCUAUAUUAUGAGUACUACCAAUCUUUCAUGGAAAGAGGCACUUAAAGUUGUCAGAGUAGGUCGUUCCAUUGCCAAUCCAAACGUCGGUUUUCAGCAACAGCUGAAAGAUUUCGAAUCCAGUCGAUUACAUGAGGAACGACGUAGAUUGAAGGAACGAUUCCCUAGCUUAGCGCUUGCGGAAUCCGAUGCAGAAGUAUGUCGCACUACUUUAAGAAAUUACGAAACCAUGGCAUUGGCACGAGAAGUGUGUGAGGGAAAAUGUGCCAUGGGCCGUCCUUGUCCAACUGGAUUAUGUAGGCAACCUUCCAAAAGGAGUCCAAGAAGAAAACCAUCCACGGGUAGUACCAGCAGCUUGAACACUGGAAGAACUCCGCCGCAAACGCCAAGAAUGCUACCAUCUGCACCACCUUCACCUGCUAUGCAUAGAUCAGCUAGUGUUCUCUCAGCAUCAAGACCAAGAAGUGGUCCUGCUGGUUUGCAUUAUUAUACUGGCGGAUCUGCACCUCCUUCCAGAGCGGUAUCGAGAGUCGAUUUAUCUGCUGCAGUGGCUUGCAGUAGUAGUAGCACAAGUCUAACAUCGGUAGGUAGAUCAGGCAUGUCCACUAGUAAUUGGAGAUUGGCGGCUGGAUCUGCGCCGAAUACUCCGAGGCCAACGCCACCGGUUUCUCCGCAACGUUGGCCAAGGCGAGCCUCUACUAGACAAACACCUCCUUUGCCAAUUUCGCCAGAAAAUCCUUCAACAACGACGUAGCACUUGCGGAACGUUGUUUCGUUUUCGACUUUGUCCGAGUAAUCUCGACGUCAAUUUACUAAGCGAUAUUAUUAUUAUUUAUGAUUAUUACUAAUGUCUGAUAUAUAUGUGCUAGUGUAUUAGCACAUAUACAUUCUAGUUUAUUAGCUGAUAUUUCAUUAUGAUUGUCUUACGUAAUAAAAAGAAAAACGUCGAGAGUAAUGUUGAGAAUAAGUUAAAAAAUUUUCGAUAACGAAACAAAUUGUUAAGUUUUACCGAAAUGAUGUUCGAUCGUGCAAGUUCUUCUAAAACAGUCUUUCACAGCGAAGCGCUUUCAAUGAGCUGCACCACCAUAAAAAUACAAUACAAAUACUUUGAAUAAAAUAGAAAUAUAUCAAAUUAUAAAUAUGAAACGUAUGAAAUCAAAUAUAUGAAGUCAUUUCUACGUAUAAGUUGAUCGAUAACGAAGAGGCUCUAACGAGGAGCCUUAUAAAUAAUUUAUAAUCGAAAGUUCGAGAAUGCUUGUUCAUUGAUUGUAUAAAAGAUUAGCAAGAAAAAGCUAUAUCAGUUAAUAUAACAAAAUGUUCGUAAAGUCAUAUGAAAAAUUAAAUGUUAACCGCAAAACCGCACAAGAUAUUUUUUUUCGCUUAAAGCGAACAUAUAAAAUCGAAAUCUGAUAUGAAAAAUAGUAGCAUUUAUUUUAAAAUGCGUUUAUUCGUACGAAAAAUCUUAUAUUGUAUAUUUUAACAUUGUGAUAAAUUUCAACCAAUGCGAUAAUGAUUUCAAAUGCGCGUGAUAGCAAUCAUCGACAAUCUUACAAUUCUAGAACUCUUAUUAAUUAACAUUUUUUUAAAACGUAUAAAAAAGUUACUGAAAGUUACUGUUUAUGACGAAUGACGGAAUUAUAAUAAAGUUAUAAAGAGUACUGAAUCUAUCGAAAUAAUCGAAUUCCUCGUUUAAAACUUAUAAAAGAAAAAGUUUACUUGUAGAAAUAUUUCAAUUACUUUUUAAACAGUAUCGGUAUUAUCCAAGAAAAAAUGUAGAAUUUGCUAUUAGAAAUACAGAAAAUCGUUGCGUACAAGAGAAAUGCAUUUAAUUCUUGCAUUUUUUACGCGAAUAAUCUUAUCUAUCAAUAAAUUCAUGUUGGUCGAUUGUUACAUUUAGCAUCUGUAUUUCUUUUAAUUUAUUUAGCUAUCAAUUAACAAUAGUAGCGUAUUUUGGUAAUGCAUUUUUCAAAUUAAACGCGAUAAACCGCUUUGAAUCAUUAAAUAUCAUUCCCCUCCAUCGUUCGUCAGAGCUUGAUUGCAAUGUUUGAUGUUUACAUUCAGAAUUUUAGGAUAUCUCAUCCGAGAUGCAAUUCAUGAAAAAAUUAUAAGCGGUCGCGUUUUGAAAAAAAAAAAAAAAGAAUGAGUUAUAAAAAUAUCUCUAUUAUUGGAACAAAAUAGUGAGAAAAGCAAGAAGAACACGAAUCGGUGUUCCUCGAAUUGUUCCAUUGAGUUUGUUCGCAACCGUCCAUUAUAGUUAUUGGAUUUGUAGCAAAAAUAUGCUGUUUAGCGCAAAUUGUUAAUCUAAAAGAAAGCAUAUAUAUAUUUGCGCAUACACAUAUAUAUUUAAAAUGUAUCGAUGAAUAUAUUUUUAUGCACAAUACAAGUUGAAAAUAAUUUUCUUCUAAAUAUGAUUGUGUCGAAAAAGACGAAAAAGAAUUUCUAUUUCUUUAAUUUCUUAUUAUUUUUUCGCACACAUGUAUUUGACGCACACUCGAUUUAAAGCGCACUGUAAAUAUUUUUUUAAAGAUGCAAAUAAAAAUAAAAAUAGAAACGACACGUAACAUUUUAGAAGGGCUUUAUUUUCUUGAACGAUUUUUAUGUGCAUAAAAUUAUAUCGUAUACUUUGUAUGCACAUAUACUUUGCAUACGUUGUUGCAAAAAGAUUUCAGAAAAUUUUAUAACUUGUUGGCAAUGGUGAUUAUUAUGCGACUAUGUCGUACAUUAGAUAGACAAGUUGUUAUUCUUUCGUGCACUGACGUACGAUUCACAUGAGUGAGAGAAAAGCAAGCGAAUUUCCGAUAUCAUCCCUCCUAUAUCAUCGAAGCAUAUUUUUCUCGAUUCGUAUUAUAGAAAUAUUUAUUUUUCUAGAAUCGAUUCGAUUUUAUCAUAGAUUUACAAAAAAAAAAAA